CUAUAAAUACACACGUCACAGCAUCACUAAUACACUCGUGUUUCAAAAUCAAAAUCAAAAUCAAAAUCCCACUAGUCUCUUGAUCUUUCUCUCAAGUUUUCUUGGUCUAGAAAAGAAAGGCCGGGCAGCUGCCUAAGAGAGAUCGAUCAUGAGAGAAAUGGGUGCAGUGUUAGAGGGGUUGAAGCCAGGCUUGGUUAUGGUGGUGGUUCAGUUGUCAUUUGCAGGGGCAAACGUGUUCUACAAAUUGGCAGCAAGUGAUGGAAUGAACUUGAGAGUCAUUGUGGCUUAUCGAUUCAUUUUUGCCACUGCUUUUAUGACUCCACUUGCUCUCAUCUUUGAAAGGAACAAAAGGCCAAAACUUACUUGGAUUGUGCUCUUUCAAUCUUUUCUUUGUGGUCUUUUCGGGGGAGCAUUGGCUCAAAAUCUGUACGUGGAAUCUCUCGCACUGACUUCAGCAACUUUUGCUUCUGCCAUGGCCAAUCUCAUCCCUGCCAUUACCUUAAUUUUUGCCAUAGCUUUUGGGAUGGAGACGUUGGGGAUAGGAACAGUUGCAGGGAAGGCUAAAGUCUUGGGAAUAUUAAUUGGAAUAAGCGGUGCAAUGCUUCUCACCUUUUACAAAGGCGUAGACAUCAACAUCUGGUCAACGCACGUUGACCUUCUCAGUCACCCUCAGCGCCAGGUGGCAUCAGGACAGCAUGGCAGUAGUCGCGUUUUAGGCUCUCUUUUGGCUGUCGCCAGUUGCUUCGCCUAUGCUAUCUGGUUGACUGUCCAGUCAAAAUUGAGUGCGAGAUAUCCGUGCCAUUAUUCAAGCACAGCAUUGAUGUCAAUGAUGGGAGCAAUUCAGGCAGUAAUUUUUGCUGUGUGCACGGAGAGAGAUUGGAGUCAAUGGAAAUUGGGGUGGAACAUUAGGCUUCUCUCAGUUGCAUUUUUGGGAAUUGUGGCGUCGGGAGUUGCUGUGGCAUUGAUUGCAUGGUGUGUGAGGUUAAGGGGACCAGUAUUUGUAUCAAUUUUUAACCCUCUAGUGCUUGUGCUUGUGCUUGUAGCCAUCGCUGGAUCCUUGUUACUAGAUGAGAAGCUACAUCUUGGAAGCGUAUUAGGAGCAUUUUUGAUAGUGUGUGGAUUAUAUGUUGUUUUAUGGGGCAAAGCCAAGGAGACGAAGAAGGUGAAGACUCAACUCCCAAUUGGUCCUUCAAAGAGCUCCCUAGAAGCUCAAUCCAUUGACAUUGUUAUUGCACCUAGUACUCUAGAAAACGACGACGACAACAAUGUAGAGAAGAAGAAAGGAUAUGGAGAUUUGUUAGAGAAGGAGAAUGUAAAAGAUGAAAAACAAAAUAUCACUACAUAAAAGAGAAAAAGAAGAUUAUUGUCUAGUGGGAACAAAAUGUAAUAGGGUGGUAUAUGUGCCUUCCCAAGAAGUUGGGGAACGUAAAUUAGUUGGGUCGAUCGUUUGGUAAAAAAUAUUAAAUAAUACCAUCCUAUGUCAUUUUCUUA